AUGUAUACCGCCGGUAAUUCUUGGCCGUCCGGACCAGACGGGUCGAAACGAAAAGUGUGCUAUUUCCACGAUCCCGAUAUCGGAAAUUACUAUUACGGAAUUGCCAACCCGAUGAGGCCAUACAGAACGGCGAUGACUUUCUCUCUCCUAAAAAAUUACGAUGUACUCCAACACAUGCAAGUAUUCAAACCCGUUCCAGCUCGAGAAACGGAUCUUCACAGUUUCCAUGCCGAUGAUUACGUGGAUUUCUUGAAAAGAGUCACUCCGGAAAAUCAGAAGGAGCAUUUAUUGCAGCUGAAGAGGUUCAAUUUGGGAGCGUUUGAUUGCCCUGUUUUCGACGGCCUUUACUCCUACUGCCGGAGCUAUGCGGGCGGGUCGAUUUCCGGAGCGGUUCGGUUGAAUAACGGGCUUUCGGAUAUCGCAGUUAAUUGGGCGGGCGGGCUGCACCAUGCCAAGAAAUGCGGGGCUUCGGGUUUUUGCUAUGUGAACGACAUUGUGCUUGCGAUUCUUGAACUCCUCGCAAAUCAUCAGGUACGUUAUAUUAUGGUUUUCCCUAAUUUUGAGGAUAUUAUCGAAAAAUUUACGCCUAUUAUUACGAGGCCAGUUAGUGUCGUUGAAAAUGUUCGUUCUGUUGAGACUUUUUUUUUUGUAACGUUUUCAAGAAUCACCGUUUUGGUGAUAAGAAGUUAAAGCCAACAUUCGGUUGGUAAGAUUAGCCAUGAUUAAUUAAAUAAUUGAACUAUAUAUGUUGUUUGGUUACUCCGAUAAAAAUAGAGUUGGAUUUUCAUGAGGUU